AUGGCUCAAGACCGCAGGAGCAUCGUGUCUAGGCCCUGUGCUGCGAGCUCGAAAUCAUCUGAUGGUCUCGGCGACGUUUGCGCGGCGAUAGACGGAUGGUCUCCCGUUUCGGCUGUGUCAACGCGAGCUAGAGUUGACGCCUCGCUUGAGGGGGCCCAGCACGACUUCUGCCCGCCAAGACGAGGACGAGAAAUGUGGCGGACGACGGAACGCGCAAUUCUUGCUCUCGUGCGGCCGGCGGAUCGAAUACGCAUGCGAUUGGUGUGCGACCGAAGGGACGAGCCCAACGGACAGCGUACUUCCCGAGCCACGGCCGAGUUUCAACAAGGGCUUCAUCAGCUGACACAGCCAGAAGUUAAAAAACUGCCGAAGUCGAAGCUCCGCCUGCCUCGCAAGUCCCACUGUGAUCGUCGGCCCAACCAGAACCUGCCGCCUAACCAAUCCACGGAGCUGAAGGUUGUCCGCGAAGAGGAAGAACAGCACACGCCUGGAAGGGAGCUCGCUACUCCGAAUGCGUGGGUGCGAUGUGAAUGGAAUGGAACCGAGAAGCAGAGGAGGCGCGGGUUGCCGCUCAAGCGCAAGAUGUUUACGAUG